AUGAAGAAGAACUGGCCCAGUUUCGAGACAACCCCUAACAAGGCCAAAAGGGUCAAGGGGAAACAGCAUGAUCGCACGCUCUUCGUCGGCGGACUGGCCUUCCACACCACGGACGAGAGUCUAAGGGCUCAUUUCGAGAAGUUUGGCACCAUCGAGGAGGCGGAGGUGAAGAAGAACACCAAGAAUAGGCGCUCCCGCGGAUUCGCCUUCGUCACCUACACCCAGUCGUCCAUGAAAGAAAACGCCCUAAGAUCUUCUCCGCAUCUCUUAGACGGAAGCUUUGUGGGUGUAAGAGAAGCGUACCAUCGUCCAAAGGUGGAUCCCGAAGUGAAGGAAAUGCUUUGGCUACAGAGGCGCCGCCAUCAGCGUCAGAACAGCACGUGGAGCGACGAGCACGGCCGUAAAAUACCCAAAUCCGUGGCCACCAAGCUGCAGCGUCUCAAGGCCAAGGCGUCUGCGAGCCAGCACUACGGCGGCAGUUAUCGCAAGUCAUCGUCAUCGGUAUCGGCAUCGGCAUCGGGUAUCGAGGGUGGCGACAGGAGUUCUCAACAAUCCUCCACAUCCUCUGCAAUCCACGGCGGGCACAACCAUCAACGCGGUGGCGCUGCCGAGGAGUCCCACUUUGCUCUGGCGGACGUGGCCGAGAAGUCAUAUCAAAGCACCAACAACAACUACAGCAACAACAACAAUUAUCAAAAGUCAAACCACACCACCCAAUAG